UGAUGAAGAAACGAGAUGUAGCAGUGGAGGAACGAGAUGCAGCACAUGAGGAACGAGAUGCAGCACUGGAGGAACCAUAUGCAGCUCUCAUGGCCUGGAGAAAGUUUCUGCUUCCCCACAAUCCAGACGUGGUCACCCUCGAUCCAGACUCGGCUCAUCCUGAACUUGUCCUGUCAGCGGAUGGGAGAAGUGUGAGAAGGGGAACAGCACGGCAGGACCUGCCCGACACCCCUGAGAGAUUUAACGAUUGGUGCUGUGUGCUGGGCCAGGAGGGGAGACUCUGGGUCUGUCUAGACUGCACGCAGGGGCUGGUGACUUUCAUCGAUGCUGAGACAUCCUUCUACACCACACAAUCCUGUUGGGACCAAGACUGA